AUGCUUGGGAAGAGUAAAAACAAUAAGAUAAUUACGAAAGAAAUCAUCUGUUUAGCUAUCAAUUUCAUAGAGUGGCAUGUGAUAAACUCGAGUCCCAAUGAUUCCACUUCUCUAUCGAAUUUGAACAACUAUACAUCGAGAUUCAUCGAGAAUCUGGAGUCCUUAAGUAGGAUUCCGACAAACGCAUCUGUAUUCGAUCCUAGGGACAGUUAUGUGACUGUUUCAUUAUUGGACCUCUUGAUAGCUUUGAGUGAAUCUGAAAAUAUCUCCAAGUUUGAAAGCUCUUCGAACCUGAUUACCAGUCUGAUUAGAAAUAAUAUAGUACGCGCUCUUACGAAAUAUGCCGCUUAUGAUUUUGAGGUCUAUAUGAGCAGGUUUUUUUGUCACCGUACAGAAUACAAGCUAGCUCAUCCAAAAACUGUAAUAAACAAUUCCAAUUACUUAGAGCUCUCAUUUAUGGUUAAUGUAUUGCCUGGCAUCCUUAACAACCUGAUCGAUGGCGAUAAAAAAUUAAGCAUGAUGAUAUUGAAAUACCCGUACAUGAUGUCAAAUCUUCUUCAUCUUCUUCGGAAAUUUCAACCUGAUACAUCACAAAUCGUAAUGCCUAAAGACUUUUAUUUUUCGAGUUACACGUGUCUUUUGAAUUGCAUCACUCAAACAGGUAGGUCAUCGUUUUAUAAUUUCAAAAAUGUAUCAAGGUCCCAACUGUUACAGGACUUCAAAGUUUGCAUAAUAACCCUAAUUUAUUUCAAUACAACAAACCGAAUAAUUUGGGGAAACCGACAGUACGAGAUGUUUUGUGAGUCAAUAACGUUGCACCAAGAAGUUUUGUUCGAGAACGGGGCAUGUGACAUUGAGACUACUGCUUUAUUGCUCAUUUUUUUAACCAUUAUGAUGAAUGAAUUUAGAUCUAACGAAGUAAUCUUCAAUUGCAUAAAAGUGAUAAUUCGAAGCAAGAAAAAGAAAUUGAAGGAGGUAGCAAAUUUCUUCAAUAUAAUAGGCAAGAAUGAUGUUAUCGAAGGUUUGAAUCACGUGCUAUCGAGCGAUAUGUGUGAUGCAACAAACUUUGCAGGUGAAGAAUAUCCUUUUUCUCUCAAUGAUGCAGAACAACUAAAAUUCAAAAAUAUUGUCGCCAAUUUCCUAUUUAGUAAGACCAAUUUUGUGGCACUAAAUGUCAAACAGGUUAAUAGCCAAAUUUAUGAAUGGAAGAAUGCGAGGUUCGAAUACAUAACCCAAAACAAUAAAAAGUGCCUUGCUUUAUUCAGAAAAGAUAACACCCCUUUAGAUUUUAAAAUUAAAAAGUCUAUAUCAAGAUAUACUUUGAAUUUCAAAACCGACAGAGAAGAAAAUUCGGUAUUUUACCGAAAUAGCUUGGAUCUUUUACUUUUUCAUCUGAAGCAUAUCCUGGAGAUACAGACAAAUCAUAAGCUUUCUUGUAGAUGGUCAUUGGACUUUGUAGAAGAUUUUGAUGGAAUGAAAAGGAGGCUCCUGCCCGCCUGGGAACCAAGAAAUGAAACGCUCUUCAAUGAGGAAAAUACGAACCGUGAAACCAUAACAGGUAGCAACAGACAAAGGAGAGAAAGCGGAAGCGUUUUAUCUUACGAAUUUAUCGAAGAUGCGGAGGCUCUUGAGUUGGAGCCAAUUGGUGGUUUGAAUGAAAAUAGGAGGAUUCUUAGACUUUUAAGAGACAAUGAUUCCAUUACAACUAUCUGGAAUUGCAGUUUAAUUAUUGGAUUGGAAAUCAAAGAAGGUAUUCUAAUUCAUGGUAAUAACUAUCUUUAUUUCGUAAGUGAUUAUUAUUUUAGUUCAGAAGAUAAAAAAAUCCUGAAGCUAUCAGAAGUGUCGCAAGAGUUACGAGACGUGACCGUUGGUUUAAUUAAUGGUGCUGACCCUAAGAAUGUAUCUACCCCUCUCAAGCAUGAAGUUUUCGUUUGGAAACUUCUCCAUCUCACUUUCGUGACCAAAAGGCCCUUCUUACUUCGUGAUGUUGCCAUCGAGCUAUUAUUUGAGGAAAGAGUUAGCGCUUUUUUUAGUUUUUACAGCAAAAGGAUCAGAGAUGACGUUCUGCGAGUAUUGAAUAAAAUCCCCAAACAUCUUCCUGCUGACCCGAUUUUUUCAAGCGUUUUGCAAGAGAUAAACAACAGAGGUAAUACUAUAGUAACAAAAAAUGGCAUAGGAAAGGCAAGCAUUGCUUCCAAAUUUACCAGCGUCUUCUCAACAAACAAUAGUUUAAUAGACGGAUUUGAAUUGAGUAAAGAAUGGGUUAGGGGAGAUAUUUCGAAUUUUUAUUAUUUGUUAAGUAUUAACAUUUUGGCGGGAAGAUCAUUCAACGAUCUAACUCAAUAUCCCGUGUUUCCUUGGGUCAUUGCAGAUUAUGAAAGUGACACACUUGAUCUAGAAAAUCCCAAAACUUACCGAGACCUAUCAAAACCUAUGGGCGCCCAAAGUGAAAAGAGAAAAUUACAGUUUAUAGAACGUUAUGAAGCGUUGUCUUCCUUAGAAGAUCAUGAUUCGGCACCGUUUCAUUAUGGCACGCAUUAUUCAUCAGCUAUGAUUGUGUCUUCAUAUUUAAUAAGGCUGAAGCCUUUUGUCGAGUCGUUCCUAUUACUGCAGGGCGAAAGUUUUGGUCCCGCAGAUCGCUUAUUUAGUUCGCUUGAAAGAGCCUGGCGCUCUGCGUCUUUUGAAAAUACGACAGAUGUAAGGGAAUUGACGCCUGAGUUCUUUUAUUUACCUGAAUUUUUGACUAAUGUUAAUAACUACGACUUCGGUGCGGACCAAAGCGGUAGAAAAGUUGAUGAUGUCGCUUUGCCUCCUUGGGCAAAUGGAGAUGCAAAAGUUUUUAUUCAAAAAAAUAGAGAGGCUCUGGAAAGUCCGUACGCAUCGGCACAUUUGCAUGAAUGGAUUGAUUUGAUAUUUGGCUACAAGCAAAAAGGCAAGAAUGCUGUGAACUCUGUUAACGUAUUCAACAGGUUAAGCUAUCCGGGCGCCGUAAAUCUGGAUAACAUCAAUGAUGAGAAUGAGCGAAGGGCUAUUACGGGCAUUAUUCACAAUUUUGGUCAAACACCUUUGCAAAUAUUCCAGGAGCCUCAUCCAGAAAAAUUAUCCUGUAAUAUUAGACAGUUACCAGCAGGAGGAUGGCGAAAAAUCUCAAGUAAGCCGAUAUUCGAAAAAGUGAUUCUUGGCCUAGGGGAAAAGAAUAUACCAGUGGAUUAUGUUAUUCAUGACCCCAGUUGCUCCGAUUCACUUUACUGGAGAGGGUAUGCCUUCCCAAAUUUGUUUUUCAAAACAGAGAAAACGUUGGUCUCUUUGAGAAUUGUAGGGAGAAAUUCAUUAAAAAUUGGAGCGGACGUUUUCGAAAAGGUACAUAUGGCCCGAAUCACGUCUUUUACAGAUUGGAAGUUAGAUGAAUUCAUAACCGGUGAUGAAACUGGAUUGAUAAAAGUUUGGAAAUAUCAUAAGAAUAAGCAUUCCCCCUCUGGAAACCUUGAAAACAAAAAAACAAUGUUUGGGCACUUGUGCGAACUGAAAGAAAUGCGCUGUUAUUACGACUAUAAUACACUUUUGACCCUAGAUAUCAACGGCUCGGUAUAUGUUUGGGACAUGAUUAAUUUCGAGCUAUUAAGGAAAAUAACAGGUAAUGCGAAAAAAAUUGCAAUUUCUCAACACACCGGAAGUAUAAUGGUUUUAAAAAGAAAUAACUCAAUUUUGGUAUCCAAUUUGAAUGGUCAGAAAUACAUAUCAAAGGAUUUCGAUCCGGCUAAAAUUGUAAGUUCGAUUGAAUUUUUUGAUUUUUCUAAACUAUAUGCAGGCUACAGAAAACAUAUUUAUUGGAAAGAGAUCGAAAUACUACUGGUGGGAUUUGCAGACGGGACAAUAGAGGUUUACGAACUCCUUUUGACUUCUCAAGAAGAAUGGGCGAUAAGGCUAAUCAAACAACUUUCUACGGAGAGAGAAAACGCCAUAACUAGCAUUAGGGCACAGGGAAAAACAUACUUAUCCCAAAAAAAGCAGAAAAAUAAAGCGGAGCUCAGCGAAUUAGAAGUAAUUGCAGGAACGGUAGACGGCAGCUUAGCCAUUUGGUAUUAG